AUGGGAAACUGCUUUCGGCAGCGUCCCAAGGUUGAUGAUACUCUCCCCUCUCACCCUAUUUCCGGUACUACACAUGUUUCUAGUAGAAGCAACCAUUCAUUUGCUCAUUCAAGUCCAGUGAAAGGAUACAGUGAUAAAGCUAAGCCUCAGACACUCCCCACUCCAAGAUUGGAAGGUGUCAUACUAUCCUCCCCACAUUUGAAAGCCUUCACAUUCAAUGAGCUUAAGGAUAUUACUAGAAACUUUUGUCCUGAUAAUCUACUAGGAGAAGGAGGAUUCGGUAAUGUCUAUAAGGGGUGGAUUGAUGAACAAUCUCUUGGACCUGCAAUGCCUGGAUCCGGAAUGGCUGUCGCUGUAAAGAAUCUUAAGUCAAAUGGUUUUCAAGGCCAUAAGGAGUGGCUGUCUGAACUCAAUUAUCUUGGUCAACUUCAUCAUCCAAAUCUUGUCAAACUUCUGGGAUUCUGCCUUGAUGGGGAUAGUCGGCUUCUGGUAUACGAGUACAUGCCCAAAGGCAGCCUGGAGAAUCAUCUAUUUCGCAGGGCGGCACAACCACUUCCUUGGGCAACAAGGAUCAAAGUCGCUAUUGGUGCUGCUCGAGGCCUUACCUUCCUCCAUGACUCCGAACAACAAGUUAUCUAUCGUGACUUCAAGGCUUCUAACAUCUUAUUAGAUUCGGAAUUUAAUGCAAAGCUCUCAGACUUUGGCUUUGCCAAAGCAGGGCCCACCGGCGACCGUACUCAUGUUUCCACUCAAGUCCUUGGUACUCAUGGUUAUGCUGCUCCUGAAUAUAUUCUCACAGGUUGGUUGACUGCAAAGUGUGAUGUCUAUAGCUUUGGGGUUGUGCUAUUGGAAUUACUAUCAGGACGGCGUGCCAUUGAUCGAACGAAAUCCGGAGUUGAACAGAAUCUGGUAGAUUGGGCAAGACCUUAUUUGGGUGAUAGGAGGAAGUUAUUCCGGAUUAUGGACACCAAGUUAGAAGGGCAAUAUCCACAGAGGGCAGCCUAUACAGCUGCAAUUCUUGCUUUACAGUGCAUUAGUGAGGCCAAAAUCAGACCCCAGAUGUCUGAAGUUCUGGCCACUCUAGAACAGCUUCAACUUGGCAGAACUUCAGCGAGUUCAUCAUCUAGAUCUAUCGCAGAAAGGAGCCCCUCCUCAAGCCCUGUGGUAGAGCGAGGUCAUAAAGACACAUCCUCUUUGAGACAUAAUCAUCAUUCAACAGAGACAGUGUCUAUCUCCGUUCUCUUAAGUGAGACCACUACGAGAUCCCCCUUGGCAUCCCCUGUAAGAUAUUGA